AUGCGCGAGGUUGGGGUGGAUCCGUUCGAGUACACGUUUGCGACAACGCAUACUUCCGCGGAUCUCAACAAACUGUACGAACACAAGUUGGAGAACGGCGAAGAAGAUGAAAGUGCCAACGUUUCAGUCGCUGGUCGUAUCAUGACAAGGCGUGUGUUUGGAAAACUGGCAUUUUUCACAAUGCAAGACGAAAUGGGGAUGAUUCAGCUUCAGUUUGAUAAGGGUCGUCUUGGAGAUACGUUCAAGAAUCUUAAAGAUUGGACAGAUGGCAGUGACAUAAUUGGCGUGAGGGGAACUAUUCGUCGUACAGACAAGGGCGAACUUACAGUUUUUGCAACCGAGUGGAAAAUGUUGACCAAGUCCAUUCUACCUUUGCCCGAUAAAUAUCAUGGCUUACAGGAUGUGACAAAAAGAUACCGCUCUCGUCAUCUGGAUAUGAUCUCAAACCCCGGCGUUCGGGAGACCUUCCGCAAGAGAGCUUUGAUCACGUCCAAGCUGCGACGGAUGUUGGAUGACAAAGGAUUUCUUGAAAUUGAAACACCAACCUUGCAUACUCAGAGUGGAGGCGCAGAAGCAAAGCCUUUUGAGACUUAUCACAACUCGAUGGAUAUGCAAUUGACUUUGAGAAUAGCGACAGAGCUCCACUUGAAGCGCUUGAUUGUUGGAGGCUUCGACCGCGUCUAUGAGGUCGGUCGUAUUUUCCGCAACGAAGGUAUAUCGACACGACACAAUCCUGAAUUCACUUCUGUAGAAUUGUAUCAAGCAUACGCCGAUUACGAUGACAUGAUGAACUUAACUGAAGAAUUAGUAUGCACGAUUGCGGAAGAGGUCUGCGGGAGUCUAUCGAUUCCUUAUGGCGAGCACAUGGUUAGCCUAGAGCGUCCUUGGCGUCGGGUCACUAUGCAUGAUAUUGUCAAAGAAGAAAUGCCUGAUUUCGACUUUUCUGCACUAGAUUCCCAACUCCCUGAGUCUCUGAAUACGGCCAAAGCAGCGGCUAUAGCUGCUGGUGUUCCCAAUGUCCAGGGACUCAAUACCAUUGGCUAUGUCCUCAACGCUUGCUUCGAGGAGCUUUGUGAGCCAAAACUAAUCCAGCCAACUUUUGUAAUAGACUACCCUGUGGAUGUUAGCCCCUUGGCCAAACGCCAUCGCAACAAACCGGGGCUGACUGAACGUUUUGAGCUUUUCGCUGUUGGUCGAGAACAUGCAAAUGCGUUUAGUGAACUGACAGACCCGAUAGACCAACGUGAGCGAUUUGAAGCACAGGCUGCCAAAAAGGCAGCUGGGGAUGAAGAAGCAUGCGAUGUAGACGAGGACUUUCUUCAAGCUCUUGAACAAGGAAUGCCACCUACAGGAGGACUGGGUAUUGGAAUAGAUCGGCUUGUAAUGCUGUUGACAAACUCACCAUCUAUUCGAGACGUUAUUGCGUUCCCCUUACUCAGACCCGACUCGUCCACUUAA